CGGUCGCCCGGAAGCGGGCGGCGCGGGGGCAAGAUGGUCUACAUCUCGAACGGACAAGUGCUGGACAGCCGGAGUCAGUCCCCAUGGAGAUUAUCUUUUAUAACAGAUUUCUUUUGGGGAAUAGCUGAGUUUGUGGUUUUGUUUUUCAAGACGCUGCUUCAACAAGAUGUGAAAAAGGGAAAAGGCUACAGAAACUCAUCUGAUUCCAGAUACGAUGACGGAAGAGGACCACCAGGAAACCCUCCUAGAAGAAUGGGCCGAAUCAAUCAUCUUCGGGGGCCUAGUCCUCCUCCAAUGGCUGGUGGAUGAGGAAGGUAA